AUGGGGAAGAAGAAGAAGAAAACAGAGGAAAUCAAACCGUUGACUGCAGAAUUUAAAGUUUCAAUGCAUUGUAAAGCAUGCGAAAGAACUGUGGCCAAAGCCAUUUCCAAAUUCAAAGGGGUGGAGAAGUUUACGACAGACAUGAGAAAGCACAAUGUUAUAGUGACGGGAAAGUUCGAUCCACAAAAAGUUAUGAAGAAAAUAAGAAAAAAGUUGGGAAAGGUGGUCGAGAUGGUGAUCGACAAAAGUUCAAGUGCAACGGCAAAAGAUCAGGCGACCGUUGCCAAGGAGUCAGAUCGAUCGGACCCGAAUAAUGCCAGUCAGUUGAUGAUGUUCAAUUGUUGCAAGGAGAGUGCUCAGUUGCUAGUUUUGUUUAGUGAUGAGAAUCCAAAUGCUUGUUGCAUCAUGUAGAUAGAGAUGAUGAUUCUUUAC